AUGGCCCACCUGAGCUCCUGCGAAGUCCGGCAGCUGCUGCACAACAAGUUCGUGGUGGUCAUGGGGGACUCGGUGCAGCGGGCGGUGUACAAGGACCUGGUGGUCCUGCUGCAGAAGGACGUCCUGCUGUCCACCAGCCAGCUGAAGACGAAGGGUGAGCUGACCUUCGAGGGGGACGUGCUGCUGGAGGGCGGCCGCUGGGGCCGCAUGCACAAUGGCACCCACUACCGCGAGGUGCGCCAGUACCGCGCGGCGCACCACCUGCUGCGCUUCUACUUCCUCACGCGCGUGUUCUCGCCCUACGCCGUGGAGGUCCUGGAGGAGCUGCGCGGGGGCCAGCACGCCCCGGACGUGGUGGUCGUCAACUCCUGCCUCUGGGACCUGUCCAGGUACGGCCCGGACUUCCGGAGGGGCUACCGCGAAGACCUGGACAGCCUGUUCGGGCUGCUGGGCCAGGUGCUGCCCGCGUCCUGCCUCCUGGUGUGGAACACGGCCAUGCCCGUGGCCGAGGUGGUGUCGGGCGGCUUCCUGCUGCCGGAGCAGCGGCUCCGGGGUGCCCACCUGCGGCUCGACGUGAUGGAGGCCAACUUCUACAGCUCCGUGGCGGCCGGCCGGCACGGCUUCGACGUGCUGGACCUCCAUUUCCACUUCCGCCACGCGGGGCAGCACCGGCAGCGGGACGGCGUGCACUGGGACCAGCGCGCGCACCGCCACCUCUCGCAGCUGCUGCUGGCGCACGUGGCCGACGCCUGGGGGGUGGACCUGCCCCGCCGCUGCCCCGUGGGCCGGUGGCUCCGGGAGGGGACCGCCGGCAGCGGAAAUGCAGGUCCGGCCGGAGGGAGCCCGCACCCGGAGAGCCGAGGGGACGCCGGCCAACAGGCCUUAUCCAGGUCCUCCCUCCUGGGCACCCCGCGACCUUCGGCCAUGGCCCAGCCUCGACCUCUGUUCCCUUCCUACGGCCAAAGCACCUUCGCGCCCUCCCACCAUUCUCUGCAGCCCCGGCAGCUCUACAAUAGCCUUUCAACGCUCCAAGUGGAAUAUACUUUCGAAACCAACUCGAGGCUUGGCCUGGAGCACCGCCUGGGUCCCGUCCGCAGAGUCUCUAUCCAGCCCCAGAGCAGAGGGUCUCCUCCUUACCCUCUCCAGCACCUCGGCAGGCCACACAGGCAGCGGAGAAGGCACGUCGAGGGGCAAGGCCUGGAUGGCCAGACGGAGAACUAG